GAGGGCUGAGGGCUGCAGUCUGCAGCUGGAGCCGAGAUGGGUGCCAAGGCAGGGCCCCCAGAGGUGCUGGGAGCGCUGGCUGUGCUGGGGCUCGGGGCCGCUCUCCUCUGCCUCCUGUGGGAAGCGCCCUGGCUGCCCCCCUGGGGCCAGCGGCACCCCGAGGAAGGGCCGGCCAGGCCCCCGGGUUGCGGCUCCAGCCCAGCCUGGGAGCCCCUGGGAGGGGAGGCCCAGUGGCUGUGGCAAAACUCCUGCCGGCUGGAGCUCGUGGAGAGCCGCCCCCAGGACCUGCCCUUCGCAGCCGGCAGCCCGUCCGCCCAGCCCCUGGCGCAGGCCUGGCUGCAGCUGCUGGACGCGGCGCGGGAGAGCGUGCACAUCGCCUCCUACUACUGGUCGCUCACGGGCGCGGACAUCGGGGUCAACGACUCCUCCUCCCAGCUGGGAGAGGCCCUCCUGCAGAAGCUGCAGCAGGUGCUGAGCAGGAACGUGUCCCUGGCCGUGGCCACCAGCCACCCGACGCUGGCCAAGAGCUCCACCGACCUGAAGGUCCUGGAAGCCCGAGGUGCCCAGGUGCGCCACGUGCCCUUGGGGCAGCUCACCGGGGGCGUUCUGCACUCCAAGUUCUGGGUCGUGGACGGGCGGCACGUGUACGUGGGCAGUGCCAACAUGGACUGGCGCUCCCUGACGCAGGUGAAGGAGCUGGGCGCGGUGGUGCACAACUGCAGCCGCCUGGCCCGGGACCUGGAGAAGACCUUCCAGACCUACUGGCUGCUGGGGGCGCCCCGGGCUGUGCUCCCCAAACACUGGCCUCACAACCUCUCGUCCCACAUCAACCACGCCCAGCCCCUCCGGGCCCGCUUUGACGGGGUGCCCACCACGGCCUACUUCUCGGCCUCGCCGCCUGCGCUCUGCCCCCGCGGCCGCACGCGGGACCUGGACGCGCUGCUGGCGGUGAUGCGGGCGGCCCGGCAGUUCCUCUACGUCUCGGUGAUGGACUACUUCCCCACCACGCGCUUCAGCCACCCGGCCAGGUACUGGCCGGUGCUGGACACCGCGCUGCGGGAGGCGGCCUUCAGCAGGCGGGUGCCCGUGCGCCUGCUGGUCAGCUGCUCGCUGCACACGGACCCCAGGAUGUUCCCCUUCCUGCGCUCCCUGCAGGCCUUCAGCGACCCCGCCGCCAACGUGUCCCUGGACGUGAAAGUCUUCAUCAUGCCGGUGGGGAAUCACUCCAACAUCCCGUUCAGCAGAAUGAGCCACAGCAAGUUCAUGGUCACGGAGAAGGCGGCCUACAUAGGCACCUCCAACUGGUCGGAAGAUUACUUCAGCAGCACGUCGGGCGUGGGCCUGGUGGUCAGCCAGCGGGCCUCCGGGCCCCGGCCCCGGCUGAGCUCCGUGCAGGAGCAGCUGCGGCAGCUGUUCGAGCGAGACUGGAGCUCCCGCUACGCCGUGGGCCUGGACGGACAGGCCCAGGGCCAGGACUGCGUGUGGCAGGGCUGAGGCCCCGCCCUGGCUGGCUCCCGGCCGGCACAGCUUCUGGUGGACACUGCCCCCCCCACCCCUGCCAGGCCUCCCGGUCUGUCCCCCCAUCUGGGCUCCAAGCCGCUCCUUUCCUACAAGCCCUGAUCAGGGUGGAGACUGCCCAACGCCCAGUGUUGCGAACUGUUUGCUCUCCUGUUGUCCAAAUACAGGCCCCCUAACCCCCA